GUUUACGGUUUACCUGUUGUGUAGGCCAUCUAAAAAAUUGCCGAAAAAAAAAACCUUAUAAGUAAAAGGCAUUGGAGCUGCUGGGCUAUCCUUAGUCCCUAUUCUUUGCUCUCGAGAUUCUAGUCUUCAAUGGAGUCUGGAACUCUCUUAUUCUUGCAGAAUUUGCAAGCUUAUUUUGCCCUUCUCUUCUUCUUCUUCACCCUAUCCUUCUCUUUAUUCUCUGUUCUGCUCUGUUUCCUAAAACAGAAACUCUGGUGCAACUGUGACAUUUGCUAUGCUUACAUCUCACAAACCUGGUCCAAAGAUUUCAACAAUCUUUGCGAUUGGUACACACAUCUGCUCCAACAAUCUCCAUCCCAAACUAUCCACAUUCAUGUACUCGGCAACACCAUCACAGCCAAUCCAGAUAACGUCGAGUACAUGCUCAAAACCCAAUUCAAAAACUACCCAAAAGGAAAACCAUUUUCCAUGAUCCUUGGAGAUCUCCUAGGGAGGGGAAUUUUCAAUACAGAUGGAGAUUUAUGGAUGUUCCAGAGGAAAAUUUCCAGUUUAGAGCUAGCUACCAUGUCAAUCCGAACGUAUGCAUUUGAGAUUGUCACGGCUGAAAUCAACCAGCGGCUGCUUCCUCUGUUAUCAUCUUCCGUGGGGGUCAAAGCGAUGGACUUACAAGAACUUUUCCGGCGAUUUUCCUUUGAUAACAUCUGCAAGUUCUCGUUCGGGUUGGACCCGGGUUGUCUCGAAGAAUCACUACCCUUUUCUCAAUUUGCAGAUGCAUUUGAUCUUGCAUCGAAAUUGUCAGCAGAGAGAGCCAUGGCGUUACUGCCAUUGGCAUGGAGGAUCAAGAGACUUCUCAACAUUGGGAGCGAGAGAAAACUGAAACACGCGAUUGGAAUCAUCAAUGAUCUGGCUAUGGAGGUGAUUCAGCAGAAGAGGAAACUGGGGUUCUCUUCGCAACAGGAUCUUCUCUCCAGAUUCAUGGCCUCUAUCUCUGAUGAUUCUUACUUAAGAGACAUCGUCACUAGCUUCAUCCUCGCCGGUAGGGACACCAUGGCCUCCGCACUCACCAUGUUGUUCUGGUUGCUAGCAAAUCACCCAGAAGUCGUCUCAGAAAUCAGAAAAGAAUCGGAAAAAGUCAUGCAACCCAAUCAAGAAUUAGCUAGCUUUGAUCAAAUCAGGGAAAUGCAUUAUCUCCAUGCUGCAGUUUAUGAAAGUUUGAGACUUUAUCCUCCAGUCCAAUUCGACUCAAAGUUCGCCGGAAAAGAUGAUAUUUUGCCAGACGGAACGUUUGUUGCUAAGGGGACUAGGGUGACAUACCAUCCUUUCGCCAUGGGGAGGAUGGAAGUAAUUUGGGGUCAGGAUUUUGUCAAAUUCAGGCCCGAGAGAUGGCUUAAAAAUGGAAUAUUUUCUCCACAGAGUCCAUUCAAGUACCCUGUUUUCCAAGCAGGGAUAAGGGUCUGCUUAGGGAAGGAACUUGCAUUAGUGGAGAUGAAAAUGGUAGCCCUCUCGGUCAUACGUAAAUUUGACAUCGAGCUCGUGGCACCUCCGGCCACGCUCCGGUUCGAUCUGGGGCUGACGGCAAUGAUCAGGGGAGGGAUUGAGGUUGUGGUGAAGAAAAGGAGGUGAUGAGUACAUUUCAGAACCUUUUUUUGUUGUGGGGAUAUCUUAAUAAAGUUGUUGGACUGUCAGUGCAGGAGUAGGGGAGUGUGACUAAGUAACUAUUGGGAUAUAAUGUGGGUAUUGGAUCGUUUUUAAUGUAAUAAUAUGAAAGACCAAAAUAAGCAGAGGACCUGAGGAUAUAAAGGUGGGUACGAGGAUAAAUAGGCCCUCUGUUUUAUGUAGCGAAACGUAGGAGAUGAGGUGUCUGAUAAUAUGAUCGUACAGUUUUUCUGUUUAUUUCUGUGUUGAGAUUUUAUGUUUAAUGCAGUUUGCUCUACUAAUAAAUUCACUUUCAGCAU